AUGGCUUCUCAUGGAUGCCCUCUGGGACUUGCUCUGCAGCACGAGUGGCCCAUGGUUGGCUGCACCAUUAACAAGGGUUGUCAACAAUUAUGGCCUUCUCCUGUACUGAGACCAGACAUUAUCAGAUAUGGAUCCCCGCUGAAUCCAUUUGAGUCAACCAAGCCACAAAAAGGGUGGUUCGAUUCUGAUCAGAUAGUCAAAGUGAACUUGACGACUCAAAGGCCCAUACUUAUUGAUGUUCAAGAAACUUAUCCAAGCCCAGUACAUUUUGGCUUUAGUAUUGUUGAACAAUGCAGUCAGCCGGAUAAAAUUUUGCAGUGCGUCAUGUUUGAGAGUGUUGAAGCUGGGAUAGGUGGAGAACAUAUAUCUUUGUUGUCUGACUUGGUGGAUUUGCAAUUAUCAGGCAUUGAUGAACCUCAAAAACCAUUCACACCUAUUAUCCCAAAAAGCAAAUUCUUCAUCCCGAAGCUUUUGCUUGAUAUUUUUCAAGAUUUGGCCUUUAGUUCAAAGGUUACAGUUCACCCAAAUGGUCAAUUCACUAUUAUGGGUACUGCAAUUGAGAUGAAAGAUCUUCUUUCUGUAGUUGCUGAUCCUUACUUAUUACGUAAGGGUGAAAAACAAUCUAUGCUUGUUCCACACUUCAGCAGGAUGAGUAUCAAUGAAGUACAAGCAAGGAGUCUUUCCUCCACGUUGGAUAUUGAUUCUACAUUGACAGUUCCUUUGAGGAGUCCUGAGAAAGCUAAAGCCAAGCCUUCACAAAAGAAGAACAAGAAAGUAGCCAGAGAAAGGGAUCUCUUCCAGAAAAACUAUCUACAUGCAUGUGAGAGCCUUCUGUCCUUAAUAGUUGACAAGAGGCAACACCCUAAAACAGCAAUUCUCUCUCUCAAGAAAUCUGGCCCAGAGCUUCCUGAACUCCUUACACAAUUUUCUGUUGCCAUUGCUGGUACUGGUCUUGCUGUCCUGCUAUCUGUGAUCUGUAAGCUUUCUUGUGGAAGGGGGAUUCCCUUUUGUGCUUCUAAGAUCCUCAACACAGGGUUUGGAUUUGGACUGGUUUGGCUUUCUUGGGCAGUGAAUAAGCUAAGGGAUACAAUUGUUGGCAUUAACAAAAAUGCUGGAAAGCCAAGACUGAAAGAUGAGGAAAUGAUUCAAAGGGUCGAUAAGAGCCUAGGAGAAAUAUACUUCAGAUCCGCCGCAUUGCUGGCAGUGGCAGUGCUAAGGCUUGCUUGA